AUGGCGUCUGGAGAAGACCAGGUGCCCCUCAACCCCGAGUUGUCAAGUCGUCAGGUGGUACAGCAGGAGAGAGAGCUCCAGCGCAAGGCCGCCAAGAAAGAGAAGAAGCAGCUCAAAGCUCAGGCCAAGCGCGACCGCAAGGCCAACGUCUCCUCCGUCGCGAAAUGGGACCUAACGCGCAAGCAAGCCGACACGGCUAGGAAGGCAGAGCGCCGCGGUGAAAAGGACGAGAAGCGGUUCAACCGCAUGUUGAAGCACGCCGAGAAGCUUGAGGCGCAGGCCAAAAAGUUCAUGGUCGAGGCUUCGCGCACGCGCGAAAAGCAUGCCAUCAUGGCCAAGAAGAGGGCGAAGGACGCUACCGAGGAGGAGCCCGAACUCAAGAUCUACGACGACGAAAGCGACUCAGACUCAUCGUCAUCGUCAUCAUCGUUAUCGGGCUCGGAUUCGGAGGUGGAAUCAGAACAGGGCGGCGCGCCCGUAGAGGUCAAGGACGUCGAAAUAAAGUCCGAAUCUCCAAACCCCAGCGCUCAACUCCGCACCGAAAGCGAGGCCAGAGCGGCGAGCGACGAACAGCGUGUCGAGUCCGAUGACGAGGAGAAGCCCAAGAAGUCGAAGAAGAGCAAAAAGAUGGAAGAGGAGGUCGAGGAGGCAACGGUCACCAAGAAGGGAAAGAAGGAAAAGAAAAAUAAAUCCAAGGUCGAGGAACCUGCUGCUGUCAAGCAUGAGGAAACGGUCCCGGCCGGGGAGACCCCCACGAAGAAGGAGAAGAAGGACAAGAAGAAGAGCAAGAAGCCUAAGGCCGUGAAGGAGGCCGAGAAAGAGGGGCAGGUGACCUCCAAUAGGUCGGACAAGAAGCGCAAGCGCUCGGCGGACGAGGACGACGAGUCUGAAGGUGGCGCUGCAAUUGCCGACGAGACCCCCAGCAAGAAGGCCAAGGACAAGAAGAAGAAGAAGCACAAGAGGGAGGAGGGGGAGGAGGAAACUCCGGCAGCCAAUGCGGCGGUAGAGCAGUGGGACGUCGAGCACCUCCAAGGCGGUAUGGACCGCCAGCAGAAAUUUAUGCGCCUUCUCGGCGGUGGUAAGAAGGGUGCCGCUGCGGCGGGCGCCCCGACCGCCGGCGGCUCCAAGGGCAAGCGUGACAUCGGCAAGAUCACGCAGGAGCUCGAGAAGCAGUUUCAAGCUGGGGUGCAGAUGAAAUACGAGGGUGGCGGCCAACGUCGCGGUCUUGGCGCAUAA